CAUCAAACUUUUCGCAAAAAAACAAAGUAAAAACACUUAUCAAGUAUAAUGCAAAAAAAAAUCUUUUUUAGUUUAAUAUUGUGUUUACUCUUAAAUUCUUUGAUAGCCAUCAAAGUAAACUAAUCUUAGUCUUAAAUAUCUGGUUAACAAGAAGACGAACAAGAAUGGAAUACUACCCAAGAUUAAAGUUACAAUAACAACGAAGUUGUGUAGGAUAAAAAUUAAGAGGAUAAUAAUAAUUACUAAAACUCAAAUGAUCAAAGAGGAAAUUAACAAAACUCAAGCUAAAGUAGUUAAAAAUAAAAUGAUUUUGACAACAGUAUUUAGGAUAGUGAAAAUAAAUAGGGUAAUUAAGAAUAAAAUAUGAGUACAUCUUAAGAAGUUAAUAGCAAUACAGAUAAUUAAAAUAAUAAUCAAUCAUAGUCUUAAUAAGCAGGAGCUUCUAAUUUAAGCAAUUAACAAGACUAUGAUAAUUAUAGUAACUAAGGAUAUGAAGAUACAAAUGAAAAUGAGCAAUAAUAGAACACAUUAAAUAAUUAAUAAGAAAAUUAAAAUUAUAAUUCUGAUAGCUAUAGCAAUGAAAAUUAAUCACAAAACUAAAAUCAAUAAGCAUAAAGCAAUUAAUAAAAUUAAUCUAAUUAGAAUUCAGCAAAUGAUAUAGCUUAAUAUGCUCAAGACUAGUAUCAGUAGAAUUAAAAUUAAUCUACAAAUUAGUAAUAAUAAUAAGCAAAUACUUAAUAGUAAAAGUAGGUAUAAGAUAAUUAAUUAAACUAAUAUAAAAACACAGUAGCAAAAUAAAUUGAUUCACAACAAGAUUUAGAUAGUUUAGAUAUUCUUCAAGCCUAUUUAAAUAAAUUUGAUGGAUCUAAGGUUCCUUCUGCUAUUUAAGAUGUAGAGACAAUUUUUGAGCUACCUCUGACAGAUUCGGUAUUAGAUAAUGAUGAAACAGACUUAGAAGUUGAAGAAGUUUUUGGUAAUGAAAUUUUAAAAGCUGUAGAAUUAUCUGAAGAAGACCAAGAGUUAGAACAUUAACUUGAGCUGGUAGAAGAAGAUGCUUUGAAAUAUGAAGACCCUGAAAAUGAAUUACCUACUUAAUAAUCUGCUAAUGUUAAUAACCAACAAAAUAUCAGUUCAGUCGAUAAAGUUAACCAAACCCAAAAUAAUUAAAACUAAUAAGGAUAAAAUAUAUAAAACUCUUAAAACAACUCUAAAUUUAUGUAGAAACAUUUCGAAGUAAGUUAACAUACUGCUCAAUAAGAAGCUAUUGUAAUAGUUUUGAUAUUUACUGUUUUGAUUGCAAUUAUUGUGAUUAUUUCCAUUAAUUACUAAAAAAUUAGCUAAUGGAAAAAUUAUUUAAUGUGGAAAAAAAUCCCACUCUAAAGCAACUAAAAUUAAGAUCUCGAAAAUGAUGAUGAUAACGAAAAUUAAUAACUUUUAAUAUGA